AUGGCCGAAAUGCUAGUACUCAAACAAGAAGACGGGGAGGCCUACUCUGGAGGCCUCCUCUCCGAUGUCACAUACAAAUUUUUCCUUAACGGUUACCUAUUAACCACGUCGAUGUACAACAAGAAGCUCCAGCGCUGGAUACCGAUCCUACUGUCGUGGCUCGGAGGACUGUCUACCUUACACUACAAAACUCAUUUUGCCACUCUCUUCAAACAAAUCCAGAAGACUGACUUAUCAGACAGAGAAAAGAGACGCCUGGUCGAACAGGUUGUUGAUUUUUCUUCCGCUCAGAAAAACGGAUUCAUAGAUGCAUACAUGGAGGUAUUCAAGGUACAUGAUUGUAAAAUCGCCUUUUCUAAGUUGCACGGCUGCGAACAGCAUUAUCAACAGGCGGUCACUCACAUCUUGAAAAAUCACAAAAUUGUGAAGGUUAAUAUGGUGGGUACUUGGAAGACACUGUGCCAAGAGCUUCUUCUCCCGGAUGAACCUGGACGUCCCAAUCUUGAACAAAGAUUCAAAGAUUUGCGAAGAUUAUUUCCUUUGGCAAAAAAAUGGAUUGACUGGCGGUAUGCGGCGGAUGUCCAAGCCAUGCUCUUCCAGGCGCGGAAGCGGAUUCCUGAAGAUGACCCGCCAUUACCUGAAGAAGAAUCAGAUGACGAAGAACAAGCUCAACCACGCCGGCGCGCUGAUUUACCGAAGAUGACCAAUGCGCAAGAAUCCUUACACCGGGUCUACUACAUGCUCUGUGAUGGCAAGUGUGGGAUCAUCGCGGGGAUGAUCCAACUAUUUGCAUUUGUUUCGAGUCUAGAGCGUGACUACGAGGCCAGAUGCAAGGGAAUCUUGGUGACUUACGGUUCCAGCAAUCAAAAUUGGCAAGACAUCGUUACGUCUUUAGGCAUGGCCAAACCCACCAAACGCCGAUACGUUGCAAACAACGGCCGUGCACCGGACACCACCAAAGAACUGCUUGACGGUGCCGAUGCUAAAUCCGGCAAACCCUCCAAGAAGAAAGGUCCAGGACGUCCUCGAGGUUCUUUGAACAUCAAUCGAAGUGCUUUGACAACCUACAAGUCUUAUACGUCAGGCACCACCAUCGGCACGCUCAAUCGAUGCUGGCAGACUGCCACGCUGGAAUCCCUCUACGCUCUGUGGGGUCCACUUUGGAGUGCCCACACGCACGCCAUCCAAGCUCUCAAACCCGAGUCAUACACGUCCGACAAGUUUUGUUCUGCCGAUGGUUUCAUGGACAUGAUAGUAGACCACCCGCACACCAGGCCUCUUUUUGCUAUCAAUGUGACUAAGACAUUAAUAUGUCAUCGCAACGACAAACACAACCGAGCUACAACCAGAUCUUUAGGUGGUUUCCGGCUUUUCCCCUCAAUGUUCAGGGAGUCUGGCGUUGCUUAUGGUCAACUGGACAUUUUGCUACAUGAUUUAUUCUCUGAAGGUGUGCUAACCGAACCUGGCCUUGUAUGCCGUGGAUGUCAUCCAAUCAAGGAAAAAGGCCACGAGGAAGAGGACCCGACGUUGUAUGAUCAACGUAUGAAGAUUGAAGAUACAUCCUUACCUUUGCAUCUUCUCAUGGACAACGUCAUGGCGUUAGAUUCCAAGGAACGAGGACGUUACAUGGGAGACACCAACUGGCCAGCGCGUCUAGAUAUAGGUGAAGCCAAAUAUCAGAUGGUCACCCGUGGUUUCUGGGGUGGUAACCAUUAUUGGUGCCAAGUGGUGCGAUCAGUAGAAGGUGUCUUGGGCGUAUGGCAUUAUGACGAGCUCAAGAAUGGAGGAUUUUCCCAGCUCAUAUCCCGCGACGUAGACAGCCUUUCUGGUUGUAUUGCUAACACCAGCUGGACGUGUUACACGCGGGUCCCUUUCGAAGCGGAAACUGUCAAGAUCAAACAUGCCCUUCUGGACAUGAUGAAGAAGUUUCCAGACCGACACCUCUCAAUACCUUUCACAAUGCCUUUUGGAGGAGGCCUUCCUUCUCUUGAAGAAACUGACGACACCGUUUUGACCACUACCUUGCCCGAAGAGGCUUCUUUGCCAGUUCGCCAUGACACAGAUGCAGAUGAAGGAUUCUUAAAGGAAAACGACGACGUUCUCUAUGACAGGCUCAACUGUGAUGAACCUCAGAACAAAAAUGACCAGCUUCUCUACCGCAAUAUCGUACCUCUGGAUGAUGUGGAUGUCAUAGGAACCGAAGAGGCCGACGUUGAGGUUGAUGAGCUAUCUCAUCACCCUUCUGAGGAAAUCAAGACCCCUUUGGACCCUGUCAAAUUGAAGAUCAAGUUGGCCAUACCAAAGUUGAAUCCGUCAAUUGAAGAGGAGGCCCUUUCACCACCAGUAGCCUCCACAGACGUCCAACCACGGAGCAAGCGCACGCGCAAUGCUACAUUGAAGGCUGAUGCCUCGCAAGCGGAUGACAGCUCUUCAGCGGCUAAACGAAAGGCGACAGCGGAUAAGCGCAAGGCUACCGCUGAUAAGCGCAAAGCUGCAGCUGCAAAGGGGCGCCAGGCUGCAGCGGAGAACUGCGAGCGGCUUAAGAAGUUGAGGGAGUAG